AUGUGUUCAUCUCUGAAACCCUUAAGACUGUCCAAGAAGUGCUCGCAGACGACCGUCAAUCGGGUCAAGAAGUUUGAGUCGUUGGCGGCGCCGAAGAUGUUUAGAUUACAUGAGUUCCUGAAGAAGAGGAAUACAAAAAGCAGUUCUCAAUCAAAAAUUAAUAUCAAUACAAGUGAACCAAUUUACGAACCAAUUCCUGUUAAGAGUAUAGGAGUGGACAAAGUGGCCAAAGAGUUACCAAAACCACACAUCAUUGCUGACAAUUCAUUGAUUAAGGUCGAGGAAUAUAAGAUGGAUUUCAUGGAUGAUAAUAGAAGAUCCCUGACAUCAGUUAAUAUUCUUCACCGACCUAUUGAUGACACAUAUUUUGGACAACUGGUCAUUGAUAGACAGGGACAUCUCAGGGGAUCCACCUCUACUUUCUGUUUGGGAACAAAACAGUCGACUAAACGAUAUGUCGAACAGUUUACCGAAAUUCUGACAGAAAAUGGCAGAAAAUCGGUGAAAAUAGUGCACACAAUCGCAGGACAAGUGCCUCAAAUCAGUUACACACCGGCGGCCACCGCUCAGGGACUGACAAUCACUGCCAGUAAAGAGACGCUCGAAGACGACACCAUACCUGUAACCAUUGGGGCGACGCCACCAAAAAAGCCUAAAUUAGUUGCCGUCGAAGCGAGUCCUACACACAAUCCAACGUCUCUACUGCAGAGUCCCAUCAUAUCUCCGACGCCUUUGGCGCCAAUAGUCACUCCUAAACUGCCAGAAACUGUUACAAUACCCGCAGGUGAGUGC